AUGAAGCUGUUUCUUCUUGCUCUACUUACAUUCUUGAUUACUGUUAAUGGUAAUAUAUUCAAUCGCCAUUGUAAAUGCCGAGCUGUUUCAAAUACAGUUCAUUUUCCAUUUCAUAAAUGGGAUGUAUCAUCAUGUAAAUUUUGCUCAUGCCAGGAUGCAUCUAUGGUCAAUUGUGAACAAGCAUGUAAAGCUCUGGUAGAAUCUUAUGCACUUACUGGUUGUGGAAAAGUUCUUAAAGGUAGCAAGGUGAAAUAUGCAUGGGAUGCAAGUUCAUGUUCAAGUGGUAUUAGCAAUGAUGAACUCACAUGUGCUUAA